AUGACAACAACUUUUUAUCCUAGUCUUUCAAAUGACUUUUCCUUAAUAUUAAAUGAUAGUGAUGAUUUUAAUGUCAUUAUUCAAGUUGGUGAAAACCAAAAUAUGAAAGAAUUCCAAGCACACUCAACAAUUUUACGUGCUCGUUCUCCUUAUUUUAAAAGUGCUUUAUCAACUAGAUGGGUUACAAAGAAGAAUAAUAUAAUUAUGUUUUAUAAACCAAAUAUCACUCCAAUAGUUUUCGAGAUGAUUUUAAAAUAUAUUUAUACAGGUGUGCUUGAUUUAUCAGAACAGUUAUGUGAAGAUAUUCUUGGACUUUUAGCAGCAUCUGACGAAUUACUUCUUGAAGAAUUAGUAGAAUAUUUACAAGAUUACUUAAUUGGACAAAAAAAAAAUUGGGUUCAACAAAAUUCCGUUUUGAUUCUUAAUAACUUUGCGAGAUGCAAGAAAUUACAAAAUUUUUGUUUUGAAACUAUUUGUGAAAAUUCUCAGCCAUUUAUUACCUCAAAAACCUUUUUCUCAUUAAAUAAAGAUAUUCUCUAUAGUUUACUUGAACGAGAUGAUUUUCAGAUUGAAGAUGAUGUCGCUUGGGAUUGUUUAAUUAAAUGGGGUAUUGAACAAACACCCGGUUUGGGAAAUGAAAAUAGUGUUAAAUCCAAUUGGAAUGAUGAAAAUUUUGAGGCAUUAAAAAAAACUUUGAAUCAAUUUAUUCCUCUUAUUCGAUUUGUAGGAAUCUCUCAUAUUGACUUUUUAAAUAAAGUCCAACCUUAUAAAGAUAUUUUUCCUGAUAAUAUUUAUAAAGAAAUUGAAGAUUUUUAUUUUAAGGGUGUUUUACCAAAAAUAACAAUUUUACCACCUAGAAUAGGAAUAUUUGAAUCAAAGAUUAUCAAGCCAAAACUUGCCAAUAUAAUCGUUAAUUGGAUUAAUAAAAAAGAUUAUCGUACUAUAAAUGAUUCUUAUUAUAAGUUCAAACUUAUUUAUCAUAAUACAUAUCAUAAUAGAAUUAAUAAUCAUUCAUUUAAAAAUAAAUGUAAUGGACAAGUAGCAAGUUUAGUUUUGAUUAAACCUUUGUUUUCGAAUAGAGUCUUUGGUGGGUAUAGUUCUGUUGGAUUUAACUCAAUAGGAGAUAAUAAUUUUAUAUUAAAAGAUGAUGAUGAUGAGUAUUAUUAUUCAUCAGAUAACUUUAUUUUCUCAUUUAAAAAUGGCGAGGAUACUCAAAAUAUGAAAAUAAGUCGUGUAUUAAAUCAUUCUAAAGCUAUAUUGGAUGAAUAUAAUUGUGGAUUUAAUUUCGGUGGUUCAUUAUAUAUGAAAAAUGGUAAUUUAUGUGUUAAUAAUAAGUGUGGUAAUUAUAAAUAUAAUUUAGAUGGAAUGGCUGCAUGUAACAAGUAUGUAACAGAUAGUGUGGAUUUCGCUACUAAAAUCGAGAAAAUUUUAUAA